GCCCCACAGUCCAGUUGUCCAGUUCUCCAAGUAUCGAACGUGAAUAUGUCGUUCAAGGCCGUACCUCUUUUGUUGGCCAUCGGCGCCGUCUUCGUGGCUGCCGUGCCCACUCCCGUCGAGACCGAGAGGGAGUCCUCGCUGGUGAAGCUCCUGCUCAGUUCUCCGGCCAUGCGAUCGGAUCUCUUUAACGUCGAAUGCGUGGACUACUACAGCCCGCUCCUCAAGGGCCACGUGGACAAGUACAACGAGGACUUCACCACGUGCAAGGACAAUUACGACGGGGCCUUCUCCCUGAUAGACUCAAGCUACCGCAGUUCCCGCGACGAGCUGUCCGUAUCUGUGAGGGACACCUGCCUUUCCCUGCUAACCUGCAAUGGCAAGACCUCGAACUCCGAUGCCUUCGACUGCCUGGCCUCUGGGGGCCCCUUGGCAUCCAAGGAACUGGAGAAAGCUUCCUACAAGGCAUCCGACAACCAAACCAGCCUGCUCGCCCAGGUGUCCGUAAUCUCGGACACGCUAUCCAGAUGCCAAAUCGAAGCCUACCGAACGUACAACACCAACCACGGCGAGUGCUACGCCGACAUGGUCGCCUGUCUGGGUGAUCCCGACUGGGAGUUUCCCAGCACGAGCUACGUGCUCUAGGACUCGAUUCAAGAUUCUGAUCACAUCGAGCACCCUGUAUUCGCGAACUUUGAAUAUCAAUCAAGCUUAAACAAAUAAAUUCUAUAAAUUCUAUAAGCUA